GCCCUGUAGCAUUCAGACACACAGACACAUCACACACACAUGCUGUGGCUUGGAGGGAAAAACUCAAGGGAAUGACUGACACAGACAGACGAGUGGAAAUUCUCAUGGCUGGAAGAUAAAGAGAAACCAAGGAGAACUUUUGUGGACAAAAACAUAAAGACCUUCUAAAAGAAAUAGAAAAGAAGAGGACUUUAUGAAAAGGACAGCAGGAGGGAGGUGUAGCGUGGAACUGAGGAACCCUGUGAAAAGACAAGCUAAAAAAAGAGAGAGAGAAAGAGAAGUGGAGGGGGGAGAAAAGUAAGCACAUUGAAAGCACUGAAGGCUUUUGGACGCACUGAGACAGAAAGUGAAAAAGAGGGGGAUUUUCACACUCUGCGUUCUGGAAAUAAGGACUUCAGAUAAACGAAAGAGCGAAGGAUCUUUAACACUCGUUUGAUAUGGAACUUAAAUGUGCUUUCCUGCUUCUGGGCCUCCUGCUGGUGGUGUUUCCUGAAUCUGGAGCUGGAUCGUGUGGUUAUGGUUAUCUGGAGUCACAGGGACAGUGUGUAGAUGAGGACGAGUGUGAAGAUAACCCAUGUGGUGAGUACUCUGUCUGUUUUAACACAGUCGGGAGUUAUUACUGCCAAUGUGAGAACGGGUUCACAUCCAGAACCACAAACUUCACCGCCACCACAGGACAAUGUGAAGAUAUAAACGAGUGCACAGUGAAAAAUGUGAGCCCUUGUCCUGAGAAUGCAGUGUGUAACAACACAAUAGGUUCUUAUCGUUGUGUGUGUUUACCUGGGUUUCAAGAUAAAAAAGUAGGAUCUACAUACACCUGUGCAGACAUUGAUGAGUGUGUGUCAGUGCACACUGUGUGUGGACCGCAUGGUGUGUGCAGAAACACACUCGGCUUAUUCACCUGCUCGUGUCCUGCAGGGUUCCGUAACCAAGGCAACAGCCACACACCUUGUGAAGACAUUGAUGAAUGCGAUGGGGAAGAACAUGUGUGUGGUGAAGUUGGCAUUUGUUCCAACAGUGAAGGGAGUUACUCUUGCCAGUGUAAGCCUGGUUACAGUAACUACGGAAACAAUCAGACUAAAUGCACAGAGUUGAAAUGUAACAGACUCAACACCAUGUCUGAAAAGGCUGUAGCGGCGAUGGGCGAUUUGUUGGAUCUGUUCAAGACGAGUUGUGAGUCAUUAAAUGGUUCAUUGAGGGAACAGCGCACAGGAGAAACAUUACUGGAGAACCUGCUGAAUGUGACAGGUGGUGUGUUAUCAGGUGGGAACCUGAACUCCAGCUCCACUUUGAGUGUGUUUUUCGGAGCAGUGGAGAACACGAUGAGGCUCAUCGCACCUCAGCUCAACAAAGCCACAACCAGGAUGGACAAUGACGACACUGAGGCGAGGCUUACAGUCAGGAAGGAUCUAACUCCGCCCACUGGUCCUGUCACACUGGACAUAGGCAAUGUGCAACUUAAUAUGAGCUGGGAAACAGCAGUGGGAGCUAAUUACCCAGGUUAUGCCUUUGUGGCAUUGGUCAGUUAUAAAACUCUAAACUCCACCAGUGUGUCGUCUCCGGUGAACACGGACAUUGAAACAUCACACAAAAACACCACCUACCUACUCAACUCUCAAGUGGUGACGGCGCUCGUCAGUAACACGGACACACACUCUCUGCCCGAGCCUGUCACUCUCACCUUCAAACACAAGAAUGAGACAGAAGUGUCCAAAGGCCUGAACUACAGCUGUGUGUAUUGGGAUGAGGCCCAGGGUGGAGGGGCGUGGUCAGGGCAUGGAUGUGUGAAGGCCGUGUUUAACUCCACCCAUGCCGUGUGCACCUGGAGUCACCUGAGCAGCUUCGCUGUUCUAAUGGCCCUCUAUCCCAUUGAGGAUACAUUUGAGUUGGUGUGGAUCACGCGGGUUGGUCUCACCAUCUCCAUCAUCUGUUUAUUCAUUUGUAUCCUGACGUUCUGGUUCUGUCACUCCAUUAAGGGAACUCGCACAACAAUACACCUCCACCUGUGUAUCUGCCUCUUCAUCGCCAACAUCAUCUUUCUCUUUUUCAUAUCUAGCACACAGAACAAGGCUGGUUGUGCUUCAGUCGCAGCACUCCUCCACUUCUUCUACCUCUCUGCGUUCUCCUUCAUGCUGCUGGAGGGAGUGCAGCUCUACCGCAUGGUGGUUCUGGUUUUCCACACCACGCUCCGCCCACUCUACCUGUACGCUGUGGGAUAUGGAAUUCCUCUCGCCAUUGUCAUCAUCUCUGCCAUUGCCUUCCCGUCUGGCUACGGCACCGAACGCCACUGCUGGCUUUCUCUUGACAAAGACUUCAUCUGGAGUUUCUUUGCCCCAGUCUGCAUCAUAAUCUUCCUCAACAGUUUCUUCUUUGUCAUAACCGUCUGGAAACUGGUCGAAAAAUUCUCCAGUCUCAAUCCAGACCUCUCCAAACUAAAAAGACUCAGGGUGUUCGUCCUGACGGCUGUAGCUCAGCUGUGUGUGUUGGGUGGGAUGUGGAUAUUUGGUUGUUUCCUCUUUCAGGAGGAGGGGACGCUAGUGAUGGCAUACCUCUUCACUCUGUUUAACAGCCUGCAAGGGGCACUCAUCUUCAUCAUGCACUGCCUCAUGAGCAAACCGGUGAGAGAGGAAUAUAAGAAACUUUUUGGCAGAGUUUGCACAUCACAGAAGAAGAGAUAUUCAGAAUUCAGCACCAAUCAGUCCAGCAGCCAGCGGCCUCUCAGGAGUGCUCCAAGCACAGGAGAAUCACAGAUAUGAAUCCAGAAACCAUUUCAAGUUGCAUUUGACUUUUCUACAACAGGAGGACUUACUGACAUUAGAAAGAUUCAUAAGAGCCACGCACCUUUUCAGUCAGGCUAAUGGGCACAGACACAGAACAACCCUCCUCGUCUAUUCAGCCAGUGGGAACUGAUCUACAAAUGCUUAUUUCUUCCAUCUAGCCAAUAGGAACUGACUGCAGAAAUACUCAAAUCUCUAUCCAGCUAGUUGGAAUAAAGCUAAUUCUUACGCUAAUUCUUCCAUUCAAAUGAAAUGAAAUGAAAGCCUUUAUUGUCAUUGUAUAUCUCUGUAUACAAUGAAAUUAGGAGCACUGCUCAAUACUUAGACAAUAAAUAAGACCAUAAAGUGAGUACACCGUAUGGUAUAAAAGUAUGUGUGUAUGUACAGCAAGUAUUCAGCGAAUUGCAAUGGCCACUAGCUUUACAUGCAAGUGAUAAAAUGAGAGACUCUUUAGGGUUCUAUUUUGGCCAAUUGAGAAAAAAAAGAAAUGCAAACCAUGCUCAUCGUGUCCAUAGCUAUAGCUAAUAAGACAGACUUAAGCUGUGUAAGGAUGGCCACUUCUGAGCCAUUCAGAAUGGAGGGAAUGAACUAUUUAUAUAAAAUAAUUCCUAACAAGUCUAUCAUAUGAUGAUAUAUUCCUACCUGACACUUUAUCUGUGAUUAAAAAAACAAAAGGUACUUUAGAGUGACAAACAAAAAUCCAACAGAGUCAAGCUUUUAAGUGCUUCAAUAAAUGUAUAUAUUUAUAUAUUAUUUUAAAAAAUCAAGUAAAAAAGUAUUUCCAAGUUUUCAAAUGUUGAAACCUUGUUUUGCUAGCUAGCUAAGCUCCAAAAGCACAAUGAGGACUCGAGCCUGUGCUUUUCUACUCCAUACACUGUUUGGGAAGUUUAUAUGUAACGUUAUUAUAAAACCUGCAUCUUCCAAUUUUUAAAAUUGUUUUGCUUAAAAAUUUGAAAUAUAAGUUCAAAUUUUCCUGAUUAGCACAACCUAGCCUCCGUUCCUGAUUAGCACAACCUAGCCUUCGUUCCUGAUUAGCACAAUCCAGUUAAGAUCUUCUUAAAUGGUUCAUUUUUCAUAAACAGUAUCUUUAACCAGUAUCAAAGGUGCAGUAGGGUCCAACUGGAGUCAGCAUCAUGGGUUAGUUGUUGAGACGGCAGCAAACAACACUGUGCAUUAGUAAUGUCAUAUGCUGGAAUUGAAUAUGGUGUUAAAACUCUUUGAAUAAAUGAACCAAACACCAUGUGGGCAGGAUAUUGAAUUUUUGCUCUUUUUAAAUAUUAAGCUAAAUCAAAUUUAUUACUUUUUGAUUCAAUUCAAUUAAAUUAAAUUUUAUUUGUAUAGCGCUUUUAGCAAUGGACAAAGCAGCUUUACAGAAAUAAAUGGAUUCAAAGUAUAUUGUAAAUAUGUGAAUUUAUCCCUAAUUUGAUAACGAUUAAAAUAAAAAUGGUUCUUUAUCGUGGACUCUUGACUUUUGGACCCUGCUUUAUGCACAAAGAAACUGAUUUGUAUCAGUGAGCACUUUUAUUCUUAUGUCUUGAGCUUUUAUUUUCACAUCUUAUGAAUGUGUAAUUUACUUUACAUUUUUUAAUUUUAAAAACUUUUGUAUCUUUUGAAGGGAUUUUUUUUAUUUUCAGGUAUUUUUGUACUUGUUUUCCUGCUUCGUUGCACCAUUGUGUUAAAAGGUCUUUAGAGGUUGCACUCUUAAAUAAGCUCAGGGUGAGACAAGCCCCUGAUUUGGUACUGAUGCUUUCUCCAGCCUUAAUAAAACACACUUGAAUGCA